AUGGCCGACAAGGACUCCGACUAUGAGAACCAGCCGCACGAGCGGUCGACGAUGCAGCAGGAGAAGGCUGUGAACAAGGCCAAGCAGGACAAGCGCGAGGCGGGCUUACAAUCCGCCCGGUCGCGCUCCUCGUCGCGCCGCGCCCGCCGCAACCGCAUCGAAGAAGACAAGAAGAACGGCAAAUACAUGCACACGACGUCGCUAGAAGCCCUCGAGGAAGCCGACGCAAACGGCGAUCUCCAGAAGAUGGGAAUGUUCGAGCGUAUCGGCCCGGACAGCACAUCCAUGGACGGGCCCGUCACAUACGCCCGCGCCAUGCGAGGCGAAAUCCCCAUGCGCGGCACCGACCCCAACCAGCCCUACCGCAUGGAGCCGCAGCAAAAGGGCAGCGAGCUCAAGGACCAGGACGGACUGAAGCUGACGCUCGAGGCGAAUCUGGAGAUUGAGAUUGAACUCAAAGCGAGUAUCCGCGGCGAUUUGACUUUGAGCUUGUACAACAAGCGUGUCCCCUCUCUUUCCGAUACCCAGUUCGCCGACGACAAAAUGGGUGCCUUCAGCGCUUUCGUUACCCGCCGAAUGGAUCCUGAGGCCGCAGAGAAUAGCGGCCUGCGGAGAUGGCGCAGACGUGCGAAUACAGUCGCGGGAGGUAAGUUAGUUCCGGCUGGCAAGACUUGGAAGGGCAGUGAUGCUGACAUCGCGUCGCGCAAAGGUCAGGACGGUCACGAUGUCAAGGAAUCUUGGGCCAAGCGUGCGGCGAAGGGUCUCUGGGAGCGUGUCCACAAAAGCGGCAAUCGAGCAAAGGAUACUGAGGCUACUGGGACUGCGUUGAUGCGCAAUGGGAGCAACGACCUUUCUACGGGGGUGAGAACACAGCUGCUUAUCUCUGCCCCUGUGGCUUUCCAUUCCGAUGACAUGCCGGAGGGUUCUAUUCGCGAUAACGAUGCGGCUGCGAUUGAGGAUCCCGGAAGUGUACCGGUACCAGUACAGUAUGCGCAUGGACAGCAGUACCUUGCGAUCGAAUCAGCCUCUUCCACAGCCGACAUCGUCUCCUCCUCAACGACCGUGACCACCACCCACUUCGGAAGCCCACUGACACUGUGUCCUCGCCAUACACAUGCGCGAAGUCCCACACCUGACUGGAUCCCGGCUUCCACAAGCCCCCGGGUCUCGGAGGUCUCUACCGCCAUCGAGUCGCCCUCGGGUUCUGAUUUAUCAGUUGAUCCCUAUCACGAGCUCAUCGACAGCAUCGAACGAUUUCACUUCGCUCUUCUUGUGGACUCCAGCACCAUUGACAACAUGUGCGGCGACAUACGAGACGUACUUGAGAUAGCUAGCAAUAACUUGCUGACCGUCGGAUGCGACCUACAAAGGCUGCUAGUCAUCUGGCGUAAGCUCACCAACAACGCAGCGAACGUCGCUGUGCUUGGGUUGCUAGAACCAUGGGCCCUUGUAAGCAAGGAGUAUGUCGUGAAAGCUUGCGCAGACAUGAAGAAAGGCCUUCAGUCCUAUGAGGACUGGUCGGACAUCAUGGCUCGCAAAAAGAUGAUAGCCCAAUCUCAGAACGCGAUCAGCCAUGAGUGGUGCGCAGCCUUGAACGAAAAUAUUAAAGGGCUCGACGUGCUCGAAGCGCUGGACUUUGACGAUGUUGCUGCUCAGGUAGAGUUUGUAAUGAGGAAGUACAUCGGUGCUGAGGAGGAAGUCGCGACUCUAGAUGGACCAGCUGCUCCUGCCAGCAUGACUAACACGGUGCUGCCUAGCGCCCUGUCCAGACACCGCCGCACCUCGGUUUCACUGAUGAAAGCCAAUGGCACGAACCAUAGCGAUUUCCUUCGACUCGCCAAGGCUGAUCCGCAGACCGCGCAUGACGCGAACACGGCCCGCGUACCUACACCACGACCCAUGCGCGACAAGCUCGCCGUUGGCGUCGAUCACGAUCGGGAUCCCAGCCCGAACACGCAUCACAUGGCGGUCAGAAUGGACGAGAUACGCGCGAGGAUGAGUCGGAUGACCGCAGACAUUAAGGCAAGAAAGCUGGCCAGAGAGAGUGUCGCUGGAAGGGAGCUGACGGUGGAGGCAACGAAAGAUGGAUGGACGAAAGCUAGAGAUGAUGCGCACGCCCAGGAAGGCUAA